GGGCGGGAGAGUCGGGCAAGAGCACGAUUGUAAAGCAAAUGAAAAUCAUUCAUGGUGGUGGAUACUCAAUAGAAGAGAAACUGGAAGUCGUUCCCAUCAUUGCUAUGAAUAUAUUGCGAUCGAUGCAGGCCUUAGUGGUCGCUACGGAUAAUUUGGGGAUAGAACUGGAGGAGGACAUACAGCCGCACGCGGAUUAUAUAAAGAAGUGCGAGAAACAGGUCAACGAUUUGUAUUGCCUGGGCCCAGAAUUUCUAAACUCAGUAAAUGCCCUGUGGAAGGCGGAAAGCAUCCAAAAAGCAUACCAAAAACGAAAUAGGUUUCAACUGAACGAUUCAGCGAAAUAUUACUUUGAAGGGGCCGAUCGCAUAUGUCAAUCCGACUACGUGCCCACGGAACAAGACGUGCUAAGGUCGCGUGCGCCGACAACCGGUAUUAUAGAUAUAACGUUCCAAACGAGAGACGUAAAUUUUAGGAUGGUCGAUGUUGGAGGCCAAAGGUCAGAAAGAAGGAAGUGGAUCCAUUGCUUUACGGAUGUCACGUCGAUGAUUUUCAUUGUGGCGCUCAGUGAGUAUGAUCAAGUAUUAUUUGAAGAUAACAAUCAGAGUCGAAUGCGAGAGAGUGUGGCUCUGUUCGAUAACAUUGUGAACUACGAGUGGUUCGUGGAUACGUCUAUGAUCCUAUUUUUGAACAAAACAGAUCUGUUCGAGGAGAAGAUAUAUCUGUCGAAUUUCGCCGACUAUUUUCCCGAAUACGAAGGGCACGACGACGACUCAGAUGCGAUCAAAAUAUUUAUUCUGAAUACCUUUUUUCAGCUUAACCGACAGGCCAACAAAACAAUCUAUUCGCAUUUCACCUGCGCCACAGACACAAAGAACAUCGAAUUUGUGUUUGCGGCGGUGCGAGACACCAUCUUGCAGAACAACCUAAAGAACUACAAUCUCAUAUAA